UUAAAAUGAGGAUUUGUAAGGGAACAUCAGAUAAGAGUGGCCUUGUGGCUGUUAUCUUUUUCUUGUUGGGAAUGGGAACUCUGCUUCCAUGGAACUUCUUCAUAACUGCAAUGAAUUAUUUCACUGACCGUUUGAAAAAUGGUACAAAUUCUACACAGCCUGACACUUACAUGUUUGGUAACAUGAGUGUGCUGUUAGCCCAGCUUCCCUUGUUGCUAUUCACACUUCUCAACUCCUUUUUAUACCAGCACAUUGCAGAGAAGAUGCGGAUUGCUGGCAGCAUGGUCUUCAUAUUACUUCUCUUCAUUCUCACGGCCAUUUUAGUGAAAGUUAAGAUGGACCAGGACCACUUCUUUUCCAUUACAAUGGCAACAAUCUGGUUUAUUAACAUGUUUGGGGCUGUGCUGCAAGGUGGUCUGUUCGGUCUGGUCGGUAAGCUGCCCCCGAGAUUCAGCUCGCUGUUCAUGAGUGGACAGGCAGUGGCAGGAAUCUUCUCUGGUAUCGCCAUGCUGUUAUCCAAUAUCUUUGAAACAGACUCAGAGAGUGCUGCCCUGGGAUAUUUCAUAACCCCCUGUGCUGCCACUCUACUUACUUUAUGCUGUUACCUCGUACUUCCGCAUCUGAGAUUUGCUCAACUUCAUUUGGAAAAUGUGUCCACUAAAUCUACAAUGAAAGAGCCAUCAGCAAAUAGUUCUGAGAUUGUUAAAGUGAAAUUGAACAAUUUUAACAACGGAUUUGACGACAGUGAAACUGAAGCAUGUAAAAAGCUGAAUGAGCUCAAACAGGAUCCCACUGAGGAGAAGUCAACUGUACCACAGGUCUUCAAAAAGAUAUGGGUGAUGGCUUUAUGUGUGACAUGCGUGUUUGCCGUCACACUGUCCGUUUUUCCAGCAAUUACUAUAAAUACAAAACCUUCUGGCUUAUUUGACGGGAAAGAUAACAUCUUCGUACCUUUGUGUUCAUUCAUUGUCUUCAAUGUGAUGGACUGGAUUGGCAGAAGUCUCACUUCUCGUCUUCAGUGGCCUUCGAUGAAGAGUCAUUUAUUCCCUCUUUUUGUGGUAUUACGGGUAGUUUUCAUUCCUGCCCUCAUGCUCUGCAACAUUCAGCCUCGCUUCUAUCUCCCAGUCUUUUUCAAUCAUGACAUGGCUUAUAUCAGCAUCAUGUCUUUGUUUGCCAUGACGAAUGGAUAUUUUGCUUGCCUCUCCAUGAGCUAUGCUCCACAGCUGGUGAGGCCUAAAGAUGCAGAGACAGCAGGGGCUCUGAUGACCUUCUUCCUGGCUUUGGGACUCUCUCUGGGUGCCGCUUUCUCUUUUGGCCUUAAAAGAAUUCUUUAGGGAAGAUCCCACACGGUGAUGCUUCAAUUAUCCCAUUAUCCCCCCAACAUGAACAUGGUUCGAAUGACUACUGUUUGAGGCAUGGGUAUACUUAUUUUUCCUUGUUUUCCUGGCUUCAUCUCGUGCACAGUUGAGCCUGCAAGCCUUUCAAAGUAUACUCCAUUGACCACGAGCAUUUACGUAUACUGUACAUUCGAUGCAUGCACACUAGUGGCACUUACAUUUAAGCAUUCAUUCACACAUGCACUGUUGUCCAUGUGAACAAAAAAUGGACUGCACGCAGAUUGUGUGCACAGACAUCAGCAGACUGUACAGAUGAAAUUUAGAUAUGUAGAUACGAACUUUUCUCUUAAUGUUGUUUAUGUCUGUAUUUUAACACUUGCAUUUCCAUUGGGUGUUUUUUUUUAAGGGAAGUCUUUUAACAUGUUUAAUGAUUUUUUCCCCCUUUUAUUUG